AUGCCGCCUCUGUACUCCAGGGGACAGGCGCAGGCCCGCGACUCCCUCGAACUCGCCUCUUUAGCCAGCUCCAGCCAGCUUGGCGAGGACACCGCCGAUACCGAUUCUCGACCUAGCAUAUCCUCCUCCCGCAAAGCCUCACUCGAGCGCGAUGACCCUCUCGACUCGCAGAACCCCGCCGCCUUGGGCGGUCGUCCGAACCGCCAUGACCGCUCAUUCUCCGUUUCGUCGGGCUUCGACCUUGCUGCAAACCUCUUCCCCCUCUCCUCCACGGCUGGCGGCUCAGGAUACGCUCCAUUAGGCGCCACCACAGCCCCCGGCCAGCCUGGCGCCGCUGGACUGGGCGGCAGCUCGCUCGAGAAACACAAGACGCUUACAUACCUGAAUGGACUCUCGCUUAUUGUCGGUCUGAUCAUCGGCUCUGGCAUCUUCUCGUCGCCCAGCCAGGUCAACGCAAAUGUGGGCUCGCCUGGCGCAUCCCUCAUUGUGUGGGUGUUAGCGGGCGUGCUAGCGUGGACGGGAGCUGCCAGCUACGCGGAGCUUGGCGGUGCCAUCCCCCUCAAUGGCGGGCCGCAGGUCUACCUCGCCAAGAUCAUGGGGGAACUUUCCGGGUUUUUGUUUGCCUGGGUCGCAGUGCUGGUGCUCAAGCCCGGCAGCGCUGCCAUCGUGUCCAUCAUCAUGGGCGAGUAUCUGGUGCGAGCGUUUAUUGGCGCCGAGGCGGAGACCAUCAACCCAUGGGUCAACAAGUCCGUCGCACUUGUCGGCCUUUUCAUUGUUACGUUCCUCAACUGUGUGUCGACGCGGCUGGGGAUGCGAUUAAACGAUUUGCUCAUGUUCUUGAAGUUCAUUGCCCUGGUUGGCGUCACCAUCACUGGCAUUGUGGUCGCAACGACGGGCUUGACAUAUUCAGGAGAGCCGAACAUGGAUUGGAAGAAUCGCGCAUGGUUCGAGGGCACCAAAGCAGACACGGCAGGAUGGGCCGUGGCUCUGUAUGCUGGUCUGUGGGCCUAUGAUGGGUGGGAUAAUACCAACUAUGUAGUUGGAGAAUUCCGCAAUCCUACGAAAGACCUUCCCAGGGUCAUACACACAGCGAUGCCGCUGGUGAUUGUUUCUUACGUUCUCGCCAACGUGUCGUACUUCUUGGUUCUCCCGCUUGCGACGAUCAACUCCAGCAACACAGUUGCCGUUAUGUUCGGCGCCAAAGUCUUUGGUCCGAUUGGGUCGCUGGUCCUGGCGCUCAUCGUGAGUGCAUCCUGCUUUGGCUCGCUCAACAGCUCGACCUUCACCAGCAGCCGUCUGGUUUAUGUAGCUGGCCGGGAAGGGUAUUUCCCAUCGUUUCUAGGCAGGAUUGGAAUAGGCAGCACGGGCGACCCGACAUCCAUUACGACCACCAGGACGAGAAACUGGUUCAGCAAGAUGCUGGCUAGGCUGGUUGCCGACGAGGACACUGGCCUGUUCUUCACUCCAGUGUGGGCUCUCAUUGCCAACGCGCUUCUAACUGCAGCAUAUGUGGUCGUGGGCGAGUUCGGCACUCUGGUGACGUUCUACGGCGUGGCGGGGUACACGUUCUACUUCCUGACGGUGCUUGGGCUGAUCAUCCUACGGGUCAAGGAGCCGCAAUUGGAACGGCCAUACAAGGCCUGGAUCACGACGCCAGUCAUUUUCUGCUGUGUCAGUUUGUUCUUGCUCAGCAGAGCAGUCUUUGCACAGCCCCUGCAGACCCUGAUUGUGGUGGCGUUUGUGGUAGCAGGCAUACCAGUGUAUUUUUUGCGCAUCAGGGGCAGAGAUAAGGUGACCAAGAGGGAAGCCCCGGGAGAGUCACGCUGGAAGUUUUGGAAACGAUGGUCAAAGUGA